AAGACAGCGACCUGUCAGUCGAAUUCGCCCUUGAACCAGGAAACGAGGCGAGUCGCGAGAAUUAUUUCAUUGAGAGAUAAAUAGCAAGAGCAGUACGUAUUAAUAUCAGUUUUAGGUUACAUCUGUCGUAUCUGCCAGCUACCUCACUGUCUCUCGGAGAUAAUGUGUUGACAUGGUUACACAGGCCUGUUCUAGAUCGGUCAAGCAGGCACCUGUCGGUUUGUGAUUCGUGUGUACAAUUGUAAACAGCCAGCACAGAUUCAGGAAAAGGCGACGCCUGUGCUUCUCAACGUCCCCGUGCAUUGACGCACGUUUCAGUCUGGUUACUGCAACGCAGUUGUUUUUGAAUUAAUUUGAGUUUGAACAAGAUAAUUUUUAAGGACAACAGCUGGCAAGGAUGGAUAUAUCUGGCAUGAGUCCAACUCGUAGUUUCAACAACCUCGACUCUGCAAGAGAGGAGGACUACCACCCGCAAGAUGGGCCUAUUAAGAUCCAGAAUCCUCACAUAGCGACCAUGGAAGAAGACUAUCUCUACCAUAUUGCUCUUGGCGACAAGACACAUGACCUUCAUGAGAUGUUCAAUGAUGUCAAGUUUGUAUGCUUUGGAGGCUCACCGACCAGAAUGCUGAAGUUUGCAGAAUUUAUGAAGGAGCAGCUUCGUAUCAAAAUACCUGCCGGGAUGACACUAUACAACAUCGCCAAUGGGUCUGACAGAUAUGUCAUCUACAAGACAGGGCCAGUGUUGUCUGUUAGUCAUGGUAUGGGCAUCCCGUCGCUCUCUAUCAUCAUGCAUGAGAUACUGAAGCUGCUGCAGCAUGCUGAGUGUUCCGGGGUGACGCUGUUCCGCAUCGGCACCAGUGGAGGGCUCGGUCUGGAAGCAGGGUCCGUUGUGAUCACUAGUGAGGCUGUCGAUGGCAUCCUCAGGCCAUACAUGGAGGUGGCAAUCAUGGGCAUGAUGGUUCAGCUUCCUUCCUUCCUUGACAAGGAACUGUGUCAGGAGCUGCUGGCCAUGGCGUCGGAGGACGACCAUUUCCAGACCAUCAUCGGGAAGACCAUGUGCACGCAUGACUUCUAUGAAGGUCAAGCUCGUCUGGACGGAGCGUUCUGUGACUACACCCAGGCAGACAAGAUGGCGUUCCUCAGACGUAUCCAUGACAAGGGUAUCCGCAAUAUUGAGAUGGAGUCGCUCUGCUUUGCUGCCUACUGCCACAGGGCAAACAUAAGAGGUGCUGUGAUAUGUGUGACGCUGCUGGACCGCCUGAACGGAGACCAGAUCACCACGCCCCACAACGUCAUGGAGGAAUGGCACAACCGGCCCCAGCAGGUUGUAGCCAGAUUCAUCAAGAAGAAACUUGGCAUCAAGUGAUGAGCGACACUCUAUAAGACCAAAUUACUAUUUAGUGUUGGAUAAUUCUCCUCUAGGGGGAGAGGAGGUGCUUUUCAGAUCAGGGCCUCGAUCCACAAAGCGAUCAUAGCACUAGCACUCCCCUGCUUACAACAGUAGUAGCACUAAUCUCGCUUUGUGGAAGAACAUAAUUUCCAAUCUUGCCUCAAAGUGGUGGAAGCAUGGGAUAAAUUAACCUUUUGGUGAAGUUCAGGGAGACUGAUGAACACAAUUCUUUAAUAGUCCAUCACUUGGAGAGAUCUAAACAUUUGUAAUGAAACUAUAAUAAUAAUAAUAAUUCAGCUCCCAUCAUCUCCCUUUUGAAAAUGUCUGAAAAUAACAGUUAUUUUGGUGUGUCUCAUUACAUGCCACAUUUCCGGUGCAUUAUUACUUGUAUUUGCCUGUGUGUAAGGAGUGCUUUAUACUAUAUGUAGUAUUAUAUAUGUGUAGUUGUGAUUCGUCACUUCUGCUAGUCAGUGGAUGUUGUAUGCUGAUGUUAUUCAUUUGCUUGUUUUUUGCACAUCUUGGGUACAGGAUGUUGGUGCUUGUUUGUUGUGCCAUAGUCAAGCUCCUUCCCAGCGCGUGACCCCUUCGUUACUCUCUCGGUAACAUCGCUGCCACCAGUGUGGGCAUGGCCAUUACAACUAGAAUCUUGAAAUUUAUCCUCUUACCCCAAAUGUAGUAAUGUUCAUACUUUUGUUUAUGUCUUUGAGAAUGCCAUCAUAGUUAAUUUUGAAAAGGUUUAUGACUGACCAAAGACGUAUAUAGAACAUAUGUUGACUAGGAUUUAAAUCUCUGAAAUGGACAUAUAUUUUAAAGUUUUUUUGGUUACAUUGUCCAUUAAUAAUAAUAUAAAAAAGGCCAAAGAAAUCUCUUGAUUUUCAGAAACUGAAGAAAUCUAGACUUGCCAAAUGAUGGUGUUCACUUAUGUCUGUUGAUGUAAACAGUGUAGAAUGACAAUCUCUGAGGACAACCACGUGAUAAGUACUCUGUAUAACAUCAGGGAUGUUGUAUAACUAAUAAUCAUAAGAUAAGACAAUCAUGCAGUAAUCUACGGUUAUCAUGAAAUCAAAGGGACCACUAAUUUCAGUUCGUUUAUGUAAGCAUAUAUACAGCAAAUGUCCGGGACCAACAAGUAUGUUUGUUAUAUCUGUCAGUUCCUUAUAGGAAGCAAAUGUUAGAUGAAAACCAAAUACUCUGGACAAAUAUGGUGCAUUUACUUUUCACGGAUGUGCUGACCAGACAUCAUACGAAUUUGGGAUAGAAUGUGAAGUCACUUGAUUUGGAUUUUAGUAUGACUACCAAGUCGAUGGUUUGGGGAAACUGUAAAAGGAAAAAAAGGCCUAAUUUUCAAACUGU